GUUGUCUUUUUUACCAAUCAGGUGCCGGAGGCGGGCCAGAUUCCCCCCAAUGGGAGGCAAAGCCGCAGAUUCAAACUGACAGGGGACUGGGAGGCGACGCGAGGUCUUGCUUCUGAGCAUCCCUCGCGCACGUAAAGAAAGGAGCCGUCCAGGUUGGGGUCGCUGUCAGGAGGCAGGGGGAAUCCGGAGUCAGUCAGUAGCCUCCAGCAGAAGAUUGGAAGGACCAUCACCACACUUGAUAAGGGUUUUAAUCUGUGUGGGUAACAAGGAACAAAGAGGGCUGGUAGUCAAAGCUGACAAACUAAGAGUGCCAGUAAGUCCUGUGGGGGAGAAGGACUUUGCUGGCCCCAGAAGACAAAUUAUUUUUCUACCCUACUGAAAGAAGCACAGGGGCGCCCUGGAAUCUCCUCUGGAUCAGACUGGCCUUGCCAUGUCCACCAGCAGCUGCAGUUUUGCAGACAGAUGUGUAACUGUGCUGUGCUGCAGGUUUUGCCAGCAAGUGCUAAGUUCCCGGGGCAUGAAAGCUGUUCUCCUGGCUGACACAGAGACAGACCUCUACUCCACAGACAUCCCUCCCACCAGUACUGUUGGCUUCAUUGGAAACUGCUAUUUCACAGAAAUCUGCAAAUGUAAACUGAAGAAUGUGGCCUGUUUGAAAUGUGGGAAUGUCGUAGGAUACCAUGUGAUCGCUCCAUGCAAACCUUGUUUGCUGUCCUGCAACAAUGGGCACUUCUGGAUGUUUCACAGCCAGACUGUUUUUGGAAUCAACAGGCUCGAUUCUUCCGGUACAAACUUACUGCUUUGGGGCAACUUGCCAGAUUCAGAGGAAAGCGCGGAUGAAGACACGUCCAGCAUCUCUGAAGACGAGUACAUCCGAUAAAUGUCAUCAGCAACGUGCUGCAUGGUGCUCCUCUCACACUGACAAGAAACACGAUGUGCAAAUCCCAGCAAGGCAGAGGGAAAGCACUUCAAACAGUAAUAAGAGUAAUAAUACCUGUUGACCUUACACCAUCUGAUCUGCUGGGCAUCCUGUUGUACAGGAGGACUAGGAUUUGAAGGUCAAAAGGCAGCCCUUCCUCCCUUUCCAGAGAGCUACCCACCAUCAGUAUGUCCCCCUGGCUUCCGCAACUGCUUGCUAUUGCCCUUGUCCUACAGGAUGGCGUUUAUGUACAGAAGAUCAAGGAACGAGCUCCACAUUGCCAUCACUCAUGGUUGCACUAAAAAAGGUCUGGAAGUGACACGGGGAAAGAUUCAGUGGUGUUUGAUGUGGCAAGUUAUCUGUUGGCCUGCAUGACUCCUUUUCCCUGUUUUGCUGGCUGUGCAUGGCCUCUCUUUAGGAACCACAGUUAAUGCUGCUACAGAGCACCGGCAGUGAAUACUGACUCUGUGCUGUUGGCUGCCUUCCAGAAUCCCAUGUUUGCAUAACAUAUUGGGAAGCUCUUAAAUCUAGGUAUUUCUGCUUCCCUCGUGCAAGCGCAGCACAAUGUUUGGUUCUGCUCAAAGGCCAGAUUUCGAGGAAACCUACUGAAUAGCUUUUUCUCUGCCAGCGCACAUACGGCCAACAAGUGUGAGGACAUCGCCUGGGAACUGGCAUGCUUCCCUGCUCCUGAUGGAAGGAGAAGAUGCAAAGACAUGCUAACAAAAGAAAACAGAGACCCCAGCUUCUGGACCUGCAGAUAUCCCCUUUAAUGCGUGCAAUCAAGAAACAAAGAGGCUUAAAAGAAUAGUGUGCAAGCGGCAGCAUUUGUAACUGUGUUUGCCCGUUUCUCCAGUUGUUUACAAGAAGAAACGAGCAGUGAGAGUGACGCUGAAAGAGAAUGUAGUAAAUGCAGGGCCAGGUUAAAAAAAAACAAAAACCUUCUGGUUUCUCUACUGCUGGCACAAGAGUAUUCCCUAUGUAGCUAGUGGCACAGUGCCUUCUGGAAAGAAGGUAGCAACCAGGCAUGGCUUGAAUUGCAUCUAGCCAGUGGUGCACUGAAGUCUAAAGUAGCAGAAGCAGCUAAGUAGCCGCAGGUAGAACAUUACGCUUUUUCAGAAUGAUGUAAGUGUUAUCUGGAGCAUGAUUUUUUUAAAAGUGUACUAAUAUCCUCUUUGGAAGAAGGAAAAAAUAUGAGAAUUUUCAAGCUGUGUUGAUACUUUCAGCACACUAGUUUAUAGGGCACUUUAGGGCCUGGUGCAGAUCCAGAAUCUUUGCUGUGGUGAGCCUACAACUCUAGUCCCCACAUUGCUUUCAUUCACUUGAAUGGAGCUAGUCAUAAGUUCAGGGAGCAGCUUAUUCCAAAUGCUUCCUGGAUUUUGCUGGUGCUGUUGGUGUUUGCAAGAUAACUUGGGGAAGAUGGUGCUGAAUGAAUUUCCAGAAGUCAGUUAUGUUUUUACGUUUUCUUGGUGCGUAGGUGUGAUCAUUAUGUGAAACCCUCCAAAAGUUAUAGACUGACUCAGUCAUUCAUAACAGUGGAAGUGUCUGCUAGUAAGUGGUGCAGUGAGGUAAUUUAGACUUUCAAUUUAAUGAGUGUUUUCUCUCUCUCUCUCUCUCUCUCUCACACACACACACACACACACACACACACACACACUUUGGAUCGGGGUGGAGAACCUCCAAGCCUCCAAAUCUGGCCCUCAUAGUUCUCUAGGUCACAAUUCUCACUUUUGCACUGAUUAUUUUUGCAUGGUUGGUAUGUGUCCUUGAACUCAGAUGCCUCCUGCUUUUCUAGGUAGAUGAUAGAGGUGUGUGUGUGUGUCUAGCCCACUGCACAAAAGUAACUUUUACAUUUGUUGUUCCUCCCAUUUUUGCUGCUGGCCUCAGCCACCACUAGCAGGUCACCUCAAAGGGAACAAGGCCUUCAGGCUGAAAAGGGUUCUCUAUUCUUGCUUUCUAUGGUGUAAAUUACUUUGCUUACUUCAAAAUGUGGUAUGCCAGCCCUGCUGUACUUUCUAUGAGCCCUCCUGCUCAUUCUGCUGAGUGAGGGCCUCACCUUCUGCCCCAAAAUGCCUCCCUGGCAACCCCUUUGCUACCAGUUUGCAGCAGGUUCAAAUGUCUAUCAGCUAUACGAACUGUAUAUAGUAAUAGUCGGUGUGCUGUGUGUAUUCUGCGGUUCCACAAGGACAGAAUUCAGUAUCUGGAGAUUCUCACCUUUUAUUUAUUUUUAAAACUGCUUUCUAGCUGUUAAGGCUUCCAAUAUAAGCCUGGUGAAAUCUCUGAUGCCAAAGCAGGGGGCUUAAGCUGCUGCUUUCCUCCCAGCCAGCAGAAACAAAGCGAAUAGUGAGCAUUGUUUACCCAGGUUAUGGAACUCAACUUCUCCUGGAACUGACUUCAGUUUAAUACCAACUUAUUUAAAGCACAAAAUAUUUGCAGCUUUAAUAAGAGCACCCUUUGUAUACACAAAAUCCGCUAAGGUAACACCUGUCCUUAAAAAAAAUCACAAAAUUCACUCUGAGAAUGUGUUUUGAAAUGUCUUAAAAUGACAGAAAGAUCAAGACCUUCAGUUGUAAAAUAAGGAAGGCAAAAAGUGGGGGAAUAGCAUUCCCAACAAAUCAGUUCUGCAGUAGGAUCCUGACCAUGUUUACUCAAAAGUAAGACCUACUGAGUUCAAAGGACAUUGCUCCCUACUAGUAAAUGAGUUUAGGAUCGGGUGACACCUGAGUGGGGUGUGGGUAACUGCAGAACAUUAUGGAAGGGAAGCUCAAUGCACCACUGCCAGAUUUAAGUGGCAGCUAAGUAUUUUGAAGAACAUCUAGCUUAGCCAUUAGAACAAUUGCAUUUUGUUCAUUCGUUGUGUGUGUGUGUGUGUGUACACACACACAAACAGUGAAAAAGCAGCACCAUGUGUUACUUAGUUAAGCACAAAUAUUAAAAAUCCUGUGAUUCUUGUAGCUACCCAAGGACAUAAAGAUUAUAAACACCUGUUACUUUGUUCAGUGUUUGUACUCAGCAUCUCCUGAAAAGAAGCCUCAAAUAAACAAGCAGCACCAUGCACUUCUGAUGCAGAAUGUGAGACUUUGGCAGUGGAGUAUUAUUUUUAUUCUACGAAUUGGGAAGUAGAGCUGUAGAUCUAUGGAACCAGAGGACCAAUGACCCUCUAGAUGCUGUUGCACUCCAAUUCUCAUCAGGCCAGUAUGACCAGUGAUCAGGAGUUGGUGGGAGCUAGAGCCCAGCAACACCUGGAGAGCUAUGGGUCCCACCACCCCACCCCUUGCUCUAAAGCAACUUUCAGAACAUAUGCUGGACCUUUAAAAGGGAUCAUGAGUGUCUUCACAUGGAAGCGUUGUGUAGGGUUCAGCCAUCCAUGCCAGAAGUAUUGGAGAGGGCCUAGGUUCAAUCAAUAGCAUCUGUUGUCAAAUGAUCUGGAGUAGCAGGGCUGUGAAAGGCAGCAGGCAGUGCUGGGCUAAAUGGACUUACAAUCUGAUUCACUAUGAGAGCUUAAUGGGUGCUUGUAAAAGAUAAGAAACAAUUUUGGGAAACCAUCUGGGUUGUGUAAGCAAACUGUUGCAGGCAAAGGAUAACAAGCCUUCCAAACAAACUCCACAGAUAAUCAGUCGGAUGCUGUAUAGGAAGAAGAAUCCAAUGAGAAAAUUAGGGUGCAAUCCUAAAUCCUUGUCUAUGCAUUAACGCUAUUGAAUUCAUGGGGACUUACCUCUGAGUAAACCUGUAUUGGAUUGCACUGUUAGAGGUACUCCAAACGAAAGAGAAAGUGUGCAUGAUUCAAUAGAAUCCAUGACUCAAAAGUGCUUAGUUCAGCUGAAUUAUGUCCCUAUGUUUAGCUCUUGCCAGUCUGUCUGCUGUCAAGCCACCCCAAUUAUAACACUGCUUUGAUCUAAGAUACACAAGGCUAAUAUUCACUAUAGUUUCGGUAGUAAUAUUAAAAUACAAUGUGGGUAUAAGCAAUAAACAGAUUUAUUUGUUGUCCGUCAUACUGCAAGGUUCAUAAAUUUUCAGCACAGUGUUGAUUAAAUUCCUUUUCAUUGUACAGGCCCUAAUCCUGCUGUGAAUGCAACUGGUUGUGUAUGUUAUAUUUAUAAAUGGCAAUAUUUGAGCACAGGGAGGUCGAAGUAAUGCUGUUUGUUGAACUCCAAAAACCUGAGAACAUAAACUACUAUCGAAAGUG